AUGUCGCGGCUCACAACUAUCCUCGCGACCAUCCUCCUGGCCCUCGCCGGCCUCGCAGCAGGCCUCCCCGCAAGCCCUAACCUCGCCGCGCGCACCACCUUCAGCCUCGUCCACCGCAGCGUCGGUCUUGGUAGGGACACCGUCCGCGAGGACGACCGGCUAGAACGGCGCGACUUCACGUGGACCAACUCCAAGUCCCCGCAGGACCUGUGCGGUGACAGCACCUUCGCGACGAGCGAUGACGACGAGGGCCCCUCGGUGGCACACUGCAAGACGUUCCUCGACUGGGUCAAGGAUAGGGACGGUUUCUGGCUGGUGACGGCGUUCGGCUCGGCCGGCUCGUGGGAGGAGUUUUCGCGCGUCGAGUCGUGCGUCGUCGCGGUCCGGCAUACCGACUCGUCCACUGGGACCAUCCCGAUCGGCAACCAGGACGUCAGCGACAUCAUCACGUCCGUAGUCUCACAGUAUGGUGACGGUGUUGACAAGCUGCCAUCGGUACGGGGCAUGAUGGGCUGCAAGCGGGAUCCUUCCUCGGCGGGAGUGGAGUGGAAGGUUUAUACGGACUGA